ACCUCUCUUUAGGGGUGUGUUUAAUACCAUUGCGUGUGCAACCUCAAGGGCACCAGCGGCACUCAGCUGGACAUGUGUUCUUGUGUCUUUUUUAGGUAUCCUAAAAAACUGGUUCAGACCUACUCUGUCUUUCCUAACCAAGAUGAGAUGAGUGAUGUUGUCGUACAGCCGUAUAAUUCUCUUCUGACGCUAAAGAGACUGACCCAGAAUGCAGACUGUGUGGUGGUGCUGGACAAUACUGCUUUGAACAGAAUCGCAACAGACCGGCUGCACAUUCAGAAACCCUCAUUCUCUCAGAUCAACCAACUAGUGUCCACUAUAAUGUCAGCAAGCACAACAACCCUCCGUUACCCUGGAUAUAUGAACAAUGAUCUGAUUGGUCUGAUUGCAUCACUCAUCCCCACUCCCCGCCUCCACUUCCUCAUGACUGGAUACACACCAUUGACCACCGAUCAGGCCGUAAGUUGGUCAAAUGCAGGAAUUUGCAUUAAGAUCCUUUUCCAAAAAUGCAAAGGCAGUUGCAACUCUUUGUUCAACUCACUAUUGAUUCCAUUGUUUGAGCGUACCUGUCGUCAGUAUGAUAAGCUGAGGAAGAGAGAGGCCUUCCUCGAGCAGUUCAGGAAGGAGGACAUAUUCAAGGACAACUUCGACGAGCUGGAUAACUCUCGCGAGGUGGUUCAGCAGCUUGUGGACGAAUACAGCGCCGCCACCCGUCCCGACUACAUCUCCUGGGGCACACAAGAGCAGUGA